ACUACCAAGAAUGCAUUUGGCUUACACCUGAUAGACUACAUGACAGAGAUACUGAAACAGAAGGAUUCUGAACUGACCAACUUCAAGAUAGCAGCUGGCACCCUCGAUGCCAGUGCGAAGAUUUAUGCAGUGCGAGUGGAUGCAGUCCAUGCAGAUGCAUACAAAGUUCUUGGAGGCUUGGGCAAGGACUCGGCACCUACAAAGGAUGCAGACAGCCAAGAAGGAGGAGAAAGCACUGCAUCUCCUGAGACUGGCAAGAGAGUUCAGACAAAGAAAAAGCAUACGUUCAAAACCAUUGAACAGAACUUGAAUAACAUCAACAUGUCAGAGGCUCAUCGCAGAUCUGAGGUUGAUCCCAUGUUCCAGAAAACGGCAGCAUCUUUUGAUGAAUGCAGCACAGCUGGCAUUUUCCUCACUGGUCUGCGUACCCACGGCUGCCAUAGUGAGCUCCUCUUUGAUUCGAAAAUUGUGCCUCUCCCGUCUUCUGAGACACUUGCACUGCCAAACUCUGCUCCUGUGAAAGUGACGGAUUUAAAGCCCCUGCUAGCGCAGUGUGUUGAAAAACGCCCCAUCUGCUCUUCCUUGGCUGGUUUCCAGUUUACGCAGUGGGAUGCUGAAUCCCAUGAUGAGUCAGUGUCAGCCCUGUUGGAUAAAUUUAAGAAGAGCGACCAAGUGUUUGAUAUCCAUGCUGAGAUGGCCAGCGAUGAUGUGGAGGACGAUAUUCCCACCCUGCCAAAUGACGACUUCCAUGCUGACUCCCCCAACUGUACGCUAGCAGACAAAAUUGGGGAAUUCACAGGAAGCCUCAAGGCCUUCGGGACAAACUGUGAGAGGAAAAGAACUGAUGCGGCUCCUCUGGGAGAGGGCGACAUCGGUACCUUGUGCCUCCACCUCUCCAUGCAACCAGGAGAAUACUCCUACUUCAGCCCCCGAACUCUGUCAAUGUGGGCUGGCCCAGAGCACUGGCGUUUCAAACCUCGCCACAAAUCAGAUGCUGUCUCUGAAAAAGAGACCAAGAAGAAUGCAAAGAAAGCGUUUGAAAUAAACUUUGAUGAGGAUAUUGACUUUGAGGUGUAUUUCCGUAAGACUAAGGCAGCUGUAACUCUAGCCAAAUCCAUUCUGGAAAGGAAUGUGAGGAGCACCACGCUUCCGACAGACUUCAACUAUGACCCUAACAACAUUGUCCAGCUGUUCCUCAAACCAGCUGUCAAGCUCUGCAGGAUGGCUGUGCCAGGCAGCUCAAUGGAUCACGAAGAUGAGAUCGGCGAGUAUGAUUACAACAACCCCAACGACACCUCCAACUUCUGCCCUGCAUUGCAGGCUGCAGACAGCGAUGACGACAAUGACCCCGCUGAAUUCAUGGGCCAGACUGGGGAGUUUAACCUUACUACCCACCCUGCGAGUCAAGAGGCUGAGCUCAACGAGGAUGUUGGUGGUGUUGAUAUCACAACAUACGGAGAGUUGAACCUUAUUGCUGAGCCCCAGAAGGUCAAUAAGAUAGCAAUUCAGUAUGCAAAGACAGCCAAGAAAAUGGACAUGAAGAGGCUGAAGCAAAACAUGUGGGACCUCUUGAUCGAUGGACAGAAGAAACAAACAGUGGCAGAGAUCGAAAAUGUGGAGAAAGAGACAGACAAAUCAGCGGUAGCGGGCGAGAAGGUCUUCAGCGGCAUCACAAAGGAACUGCUCCACAGACUGCCUUCUGUGAUGGCUAAGAAUCUGUCUGUCCCGCUAGCGUUCGCCUGCCUCUUGCAUUUGGCAAAUGAGAAGAAUCUGAAGCUGGAGGGCACAGAAGACCUGUCUGAUGUCCUAGUGAAACAAGGAGACUGAGCCCUGGGCAAAGCAGCUCACUGAGGCCGGCCCUACAGGACAGAGCUCGGCUCUCCCAGCUGACCGGUGCUCGCUCUGGACUUUCUCAUCAGUGGGAGAUUUUUCCCUCGUCCCAGCAGCAGCAUUGCUGAGAAAUCCCACUGGUGUCUGCACCUCAGGAAGACUUUUAAAUCAUGGAUGCCCAAUCUAAACAUAACGCCCUCAUAGGGAUGGACAGUUGCAGCUCAGCCGGCCUGGCUCUUGUCACCUUGGAUCCAUCACCUCUUUCCUUGGGCCUUGGUAGCAAAGUUCCUCAAUCUCACUGUGAACUGCCAGUGCCUGCUAGCAAAGGGCCCCUGUGUGUGUUGCUGUCUGCCUGUCUAAUUUCCAGUACAUGGACUGACUGUUAUUCAUGUCUCCAGGUCCUCCUGUAGUCUUAUUCCUUUGCCUGUUCAUCGCCUGAAAUGAUUUACCUUUUGUACUGAGCUUAAUAAAUUGCUACAGACUUUUUA